GGAAACGACUAUACUGAUUCUCUUCUCAGUCGUUCUAACAGGACAAGUGUUACAAAGCAGCUAAAAAUGAGUCUGACCGCAAAGGACAAGAGCCUGAUAACGGGAUUCUGGCAGAAGAUCUCCAGCAAGGCUGAUGACCUCGGAGCCGAGGCUCUGUCAAGAACGAUCGUAGUCUUCCCUGCUACGAAAGUAUACUUUUCUCACUGGCCUGACCUUGGACCUGGCUCUCCCUCUGUCAAGAAACAUGGCAAGGUCAUCAUGGCAGCUGUUGGCGAUGCUGUCGGCAAAAUGGAUGACCUUGUCGGUGCACUAAGUGCACUCAGUGACCUGCAUGCUUUCAAAAUGCGCAUCGACCCUGGCAACUUCAAGACGUUGUCCCACAACCUCCUGGUGGCUUGCGCGGUCAACUUCCCGGCUGAUUUCACCGCUGAGGUGCAUGUGGCAAUGGAUAAAUUCCUUGCAGCUGUGGGUGCAGCUCUGUCAGACAAAUACCGAUAAGAUGUCAUCCACUGGCAGCUUUGUUAAAUGCCGUCUGCCAAGCAAACUCAAUUCAAAGAAACGAACAAAAAUAAAAGUUCUUUCCAGAA